GUGGGCAUGCACCGGCUGGCGACUGCUUCGUGUCCAGAACGCUGUUCGGUUCACCUACCGCAUUCGCGAUACUGCAUUCAUCUCUCCUUCAUCGCCAUCCCUUCCAUUCCGCCUUUCCCAAACUCCCAUCUCACCUCUCCCCGCCUACCCAUCUUGGGUGUUGGUUUGAAGUCUGGAGCUGUUUUUCUUUACCAAAGAAGCGGAAGGGGCAUCGCCAUGGGAAGUUGAAGCACAGAGUUUGGUGACAAGAGAGGCAGCUAGCUGGAAUGACGACCAGGCUGCUGGGCAUCGCCACCCAGGUCAUGCUGAUAGCCAUUAUUAUCUCGAUCGCGCUCUUCUUCAUCGCCAUAAGCGUCCUGGUGGUGCUUCACGUACGUAUUGUAGGCAGGGCCUUUCAGAGAUGGUUUCUCACCAUCUCCAGGGAGGAGAGGGGCGGCGCGAGCAAUGGUUUAUCCCCGGAUGAGCUGGAGAAGCUCCCCUGCUAUGACUUCGACGCCGCCGGAGAGAAGGAGGGCGGCGGUUCGGUCGACUGCGCCGUCUGCUUGGAGAGCUUUCAGGUGGGCGAGAGGUGCAGAUUGCUCCCUCUGUGCAAGCACAGUUUUCAUGCACAGUGUGUGGAUUCUUGGUUGCUCACAACUCCGAUUUGCCCGAUUUGCCGGACUAUGGCCGGUCGCCGGAAGGGGGGCAACGGCUUCAAGGAUCAGCAGGACCGGUUUGCCAGUGGCGUCGUGAUGGGAUUUCCGGUGAGCGCUAAUCCUCCUCGUUUCUAAGUUGUACUUUGGAACGGCUAAUUCAGUAGCUGCUGCAAGUACGUACAAUCUGAUAUAUGGUCAAUAAAAUGUAGCCUCCCCAGUUUUAUUGUAUAAAAAUGUGGAUUCGCCGAGAGAAGAUUCGGAGGGCUGCAAAAUAUCUAGCUUCUUAAAAGUUUUGGCUAUUCUGGCUAUAUGAUAAUUAAAGUGCCAUUGUGAAUGUUUCUGUAAGUUUCUGCUUUAGGCUGCGAGUUUAAAUUGUUUGCAUCUAGUAAAUCUUCCAAAGGUUUCUUGGAUCCCAGAUGAAAGGAUAAGAGGGAAAACAGCCGAUACGAUGCUUCGGGAUUUUUUUUUUUUAGAAGAGUUGGAACAUGUCUCGUUCGGUCAAGAGUUGGAAAUUGAGCUACAA